AGCCAUGUUGGCUUAAGCCGUCUUCAGGUGUCCCACGGCUCAACACAUCCACAUUCUUGAUUGUACGUGUUUCAUUUUGACUCGCUGCCGUAGGUCGGACCACCAUGGCAGUUGUAUUGAUGUAUGCGUUUGCAGCCGCUUGCGUGUGCACUGUGGUUGACGCAGUUGCUGCACAGCACGCCAAAUGGUUGUGGGUGGACACUCCGGCGAACCACUCCAUGCCAGAAGAGCACUUCAACGCAUUCCUGAAUACACACCAAGAUGGUGCAGAAUAUGCCGAGACUGGAGUCACUGGGACAAUGCUAUCGCCCAUGGGGUCUUACGGCCCGAUCCUCGUCGUCUACCUCACAUACGGCAGCAGCAGACCUUAUAAGACGCUUUCAGAGGUGAAGGGGAUGUUCUGGGACGUUCCAGGCGUCAGCCACGCUCUAUACCACAAUUCGUGGCACCAGGUGUGGCUCCAGUCCUCCAAUGUGGACUUCCUCGAGAUGGAGUCGCCUCAGGAUCCUGCGACCUGGGGGUACCGCUUGUCUUAUCUUGUAAUGGGUGUGUAUUAUUCAGCAGCGUGCGGAUCAGGCGAAGAUCAGCACGAGAGCCUACGCAAACACGCUGGUGUUUGCACCUGGGGAGCACUUCAUGGCAACCGCUUAUGCUCCGACCACCGGCUGGUGGAACGGGUUUGCCCAGUUCUACGGCGAAGCUCAGACUUGGCAGACGAUAUUCCACGAGGUGGGGCACACGUGGGGGUUGCAUCAUGCAGGAGGCUACAUGCCCACUGGGGAGUUGAAUGCCUACCUGGACGAUGCGAUCAUGGGCUAUCAGCGAUCAUGGCGGCCCGCGGACGCCAAUGUGGUCCAUCGCUACAGGCUCGGGUGGCUUACGGGGGCCGAGACGGUGGAAUUCACUCGGGGGUCUGAUGCCACGGCUGUUAACCUGUCUCCCCUCAAUGAGGGGCCCGAUGGGCCAGAGUUCUUGCUCAUGAAGCUCCCAUGCGAUGAGUGCAUUGGGGAGCAGGCAUCUACCGCAGGUGUGGGUGCUCUCUACCUCUCCUUCCGUGUGGAGGACGGGCCAAGCUUGUACGGAGUUGGGGCGGAGACCGAACCGAUUUACCUUUACGAUAUGUUCACUCACAGACGUCUCGUCCUGGCUGACCGCGUCCAUGUGCACUUCCAGGCAAACGUGAAUCAGAAAACCGAGUUGUGGACUACGUUGGCCGCGGGGGAUACAGUCGAAAUCCCCGGUGCUACCAUGUGGGUUCAUAUUUGUAGCAUCAAUCCCGAGACUUAUGCCAGGGUAAGUGUCUCAGAUACAAGCGAAUCUUCCGCGCGAGCAGGAUGCAUCGACGCGACGCCAGCACCAACGCGAGCACCAACGCAAGCACCGACACCAGUGCCGACGCCAGCCCCGACGCUUGCACCGUCACCAGCACCGACGUCAUCACCGACGCAAGCACCCACGCCAGCACCGACACUGUCACCGACGCCAUCGCCGACGGCAGCACCAACGCAGGCACCGACACCAGCACCGACACCAGCACCGACGCCAGCGCCGACGCCAGCGCCGACGCCAGCACCGACGCCAACACCGACGCCAGCACCGACAUCAGCGGCGACGCUAGCACCCACGCCAGCACCGACGCCAGUGCCGACGACAGCACCGACACCAGCACCGACACCAGCACCCACACCAGCACCGACACCAGUGCCGACGACAGCGCCUACGCGAACACCGACGCCAGCACCCACGCCAGCACCGACGCCGGCACCGACACUGUCUCCGACGCCAUCGCCGACGGCAGCACCGACGCAGGUACCGACACCAGCACCGACGCCAGCACCGACGCCAGCGCCGACGCCAGCACCGUCGCCAGCACCUACGUCUGCACCGACCCCAUCACCAACAUUAGCAUUGGCCCCAGUCCCACUGGCGUCUCCAGCGGGGACACUAUCGACAGGCACAGUCUCUGGCUUGGGCGACCCUCACCUCACUAACAUGUACGGCGAGCGCUUUGACUUAUACAGGACGGGCAAAAACAUCCUUUUACAGAUCCCGCGAUGGAGCAGCAGCAGCAGCGCGUUGCUGCGUUUGGAGGCCGACGCCACGCGCAUGGGCGACCAGUGCGCUGACGUGUACUUCCAGAUGGUGGCAAUAUCUGGGGUAUGGACGAAUAAGACAGAAGAAAUGCGGUUUUUCGCUAACGGUGACACUCUGGGCCUGCCUAGCAGCAUGAAUUGGAUGCGCUUUGGCAAGAUUGAUUUAAAGGUGGUGCAUGGUAAAACUCGGCAGGGCACCGACUACCUCAACGUCUUUGCCAAACACCUAGCCCGCGCUGGUUUUCCAGUCGGUGGCCUCCUCGGGAUUGACGACCACACUUCGGCCAGUGCCCAGCCUUCCGAGUGCACCCGAUCAUUUUCGCUGUAGGUCGACAGCUCGUUGCGGCGCACGUGCGUGUGGAGGCUAGAGCUUGUGACAGGCGUUGGCGCAAUUAUCCUCGACAGUUAGGGCCGACGCGCAACGCCACACACUGGCCUAAAGUUCGGCAUAGGCAUCGCAGGGAUCGCGGGUGUCUGCGGUACCCGCUGAAUCAUUCAAUGUUCGCCCUGUCACGAACUUCUGACUUCACUAGGGCACCCGCCGUUUUGAUGUUUCCGAUGUGCGCACUAGGCGAACGCACGGCUCUGGCAAUAUAUUGUUGUGCUGUUGCGGGGAGGUAUUCCUACAUUUCCGAUUCCUCCUCCUGAUCCUCUUCCGUCCCCACUCUUCCUUCUCCUCCUUUUCCUUCCCCUCAGCCUCUUCCCCCUUCUUGUUCAGCCCGCACAAACUCAAACUCGAACAUACGUCACCAGCAACGCCAUUGGCCUUGAGCUUUCGCGACCUAUCGAUCAGCCGAUCUCAACUGCAAUUCCAGAGA